GGACAGCAGAAUGGAGGCAGCAGCAUGGGAGUGUGCUCGGCGGCUAUUCGUGACAUGCGAUCGCAACAUGUUGGGAAAGCUUAGCUUAGACGAGCUAGUGCGAUAUGUGGAGGAGUUGAAGAAGAUGGACAUCAUCGACAUCGACGAGACUUACAUCGUCGAGAAACUGCAAGAAGGGCAGCUGGAGCAAAUCAAUUUCGAGCAAUUCAAGGAAUGGAGCCAAGGCCCGAAUAAUGCAAGCGAACAAGUCAUCCAGGGGAAUGUGGAUCCUUAUGGGAACAAUAGCGUGCUGCCAAGGCGGUUUGCAGAUGCUUCACUUCACAAGAGCAACGUCAAGAUUCAGCAUCCUUGCUUCACCACGACCGCGCAUGACAUCGGGUUCAAGAAACCGCAGCAAGUAGAUAUGCCGGUGAAGUGGAGGGGGAAGGAAGGAGUGUUCACGCGAGAGUUCGAGAUGCGAGAACCUGGCAAGACAGGCAUUACCGUCAAUACAUAUGUGGAUAGAGGGCUGAGGACCGGGAAAACCAAGUCAAAGGUUCACAAAGAGCUGGACGUGGAUUUCUAGACGAGAGUAAAACAAAAAAAUUG